AUGACUGCUGAGAAGGAGUCUGUUGCGUUUCCUAUCCAAGAAUCAGUCAUCGAGGCUUACCCUUUUCCUAGCUAUUUGGGCGUUACGCCGCCAAUUUCAACCAUGGAAUCAAAUGAGCGCGAGAAGGAGGUUACUAUGACUCUCAUGGAAGAGCUGAGGAGACAAAAUACAUUCGAGACGGAGGAGGAGGCAAGGACGAGAGAAAUUGUGCUCGGGCGUGUUGCUGCCCUUGUGAAAAAAUUUGUUCGCCAAGUGUCCAUUGCCAAGGGGUUAUCAGAACAAGCCGCCAAUCUAGCGGGGGGGAAGAUCUUCACUUUCGGAUCAUAUCGAUUGGGCGUGCAUGGGCCUGGGUCUGACAUCGAUACCCUCUGUGUGGUACCAAAGCAUGUUUCUCGGGAAGAUUUCUUCGAAGUUUUUGAGCCCAUGCUGAAGGACCUCGAAGGUGUUACAGAAGUGUCGGGAGUACCUGAGGCAUAUGUUCCCAUCGUUAAGACAAAGAUAUCUGGCAUACCUUUGGACUUCCUUAUGGCUCGCCUAGCUUUGUCUUCCAUACCUGAUGACCUUUCUCUACAAGACGACAACCUUUUACGAAAUCUAGAUGAGCGUUGUGUCAGAAGUCUAGGAGCGACAGGAUCGAGAGUAAUUGAUGAAAUUUUACGCCUCGUACCCAAUGUCCAAGUUUUCCGGGAUGCCUUACGAUGCAUCAAGUUGUGGGCACAACGGCGGGCUAUUUAUUCUAACGUCAAUGGCUUUUUGGGCGGUGUUGCUUGGGCCCUCCUUGUUGCUCGCAUAUGUCAGCUCUACCCUAAUGCCAUCGCCGGAGCGAUCGUUAGCCGAUUCUUUAUAAUUAUGUAUCAAUGGUCAUGGCCACAGCCCGUUUUAUUAAAGCAAAUAGAAGAUGGCCCCUUACAAGUUCGAGUAUGGAAUCCCAAGCUGUAUCCCGCUGACCGAUCACAUCGAAUGCCUAUCAUCACACCUGCUUAUCCUGCGAUGUGCUCAACUCACAAUGUCACUGCUUCAACUCAAAUAAUCAUGACAGAAGAGUUCAAGAGAGGUGCCGAUAUCGUCGACAAGGUAAUCGUCGGAAGCGCGACCUGGUCGGAACUAUUUGCGAAGCACGACUUUUUUCACAAGUAUCGAUACUACCUCCAAGUCAUCGCUUCAACAGGGAAUGCUGACCUCCAAAUAAAAUGGUCGGGUACAGUAGAAUCUCGAAUUCGACAGCUCGUUAUGAAACUUGAGUAUGUCGACUCGCUGAUACUUGCCCACCCUUUCAUCAGGGGCUUUGAACAAGUCUCCUACUGUCUGUCAGAGGACGAGGUGCGUGCGGUGGCUGAGGGAGAAAUAUCCGACUCGGUUGCUGGCCGGAAGAAAGAAGACAUCGAAGGUAAAGAAGGUGCUGGUCCUGUCUAUUCGACGACGUUUUAUAUCGGCCUUGCAAUUGAGCCGAAGCCCACUGGUGCUACUGGUCCUCGACGGCUCGAUAUAUCUUAUCCCACGACAGACUUUACAAAACUUGUUAAAAUGUGGGAGAAAUACGAUGAAGCAACCAUGGGCAUUGUUGUCCGACAUAUCAAGAGCUCGGGGUUGCCGGACAAUGUCUUCGAGCCUGGCGAGCGUCCUCCCAAGCUUGUACAAAAGCGCGUCAAGGUGGGCACAUUGAUAGGUAGUAACUGGUUUGGACAGGCUAUUGAAUUUCGUGAUCGCAAGGGUUCGAGCAAAUCCAGUAAUACGUCCCCCGACAUGCCGAAUAAGCGACAACGGUUGGUCAAUGCGGCUGUAUCAAAUCUCACAACUCGUUGA